AUUGGGUGCGACGGCCGGACCCUUCGGCCUACUUGGGGAGGGGGCGACGUUGAGAUGGGGGCAGCGGCAGCGGAAGCGGACCGCACUCUUUUUGUGGGCAACCUUGAAACUAAAGUAACAGAGGAGCUCCUAUUCGAGCUGUUCCACCAGGCUGGGCCUGUAAUAAAGGUGAAAAUUCCAAAAGAUAAAGAUGGCAAACCAAAGCAGUUUGCAUUUGUGAAUUUCAAACAUGAAGUAUCUGUUCCUUAUGCAAUGAAUCUACUUAAUGGAAUCAAACUUUUUGGGAGGCCCAUCAAAAUUCAGUUUCGAUCAGGAAGUAGUCAUGCCUCACAGGAUGUCAGUAUGUCAUACCCCCAGCAUCAAGUUGGAAAUUCAAGCCCUACUGCCACAUCUCCUAGCAGCAGAUAUGAAAGGACUGUGGAUAAUAUGACUCCAUCUUCACAAAUAAUUCAGAGAUCCUUCUCUUCUCCAGAAAAUUAUCAGAGACAAGCAGUGAUGAACAGUGUUGUGAGACAAAUGUCAUAUGGUGGGAAAUUUGGUCCUCUGCAUGUGGAUCAGUCAGGAUUUUCGCCAUCAGUUCAGUCACAUAAUCAUACCUUUAACCAGUCAUCAAACUCCCAGUGGCGUCAAGAUACACCAUCAUCACAGCGUAAAGUCAGACAGAAUUCUCACCCCUACCUAGCAGAUAGACAUUAUAGCCAACAGCGUUACCCUGAUCAUGGGUCUGACUAUCAUUACAGAGGAAGCAGAGAUGAUUUCUUCUAUGAAGAAUGGAAUCCUGAUAUCUGGAGCAAUGACUACGAUAGUAGAAGAGACAAUAGUAGAGAUGGAAAAUGGCGCACAUCUCGACACUAAUAAGUGUUAAGAAGAAUAUUGCUUUACAGGGCCAUUUUAGGCCCUUUUGACUAAGUUGGUCUGGAAAUAUUUUGAAGAACUACAGAGCAGCUUUACAAAUUGCUACAUUUCUUUAUGAAUUUUUUUAAACCCAUAUCUACAGUUUCAUACAUAAAUGACAAGAAUUGUGGUUCCAGUUUUAUUAAUUACCUUUCACCUCAGGGUUUUAUGAAGAGGAAGGGGUUUUAUGCAAGAGUAAGUGCCACAAUUCCUAGUCAUUUUUGACAGUGUAGUAAGGAUGAAUUGUAUGGAUUGGUUGUAUUAUAAAGCAAAUAUUUUAAUUAUCUGUUAACCUUUUGUAUUGCAAGACAUGUUAAUCAUUUUGGUAUGUACAAUAGAAAACAUGUAAGUUGAUAGUUUGGCUAUCUGUAUUUUGUCAACAAAAUACAACUUCUCAGUGAUUCGUUUGGUUAACUUUUGAGGAAAUUUAUAUUUAUUGGUUAACUUGGAGAAUUUAAGUGUAAAUUCUGUGACGUGCUCCAUUGAGGUUUCUCCUGACUGCACAUAAGAGUGUCAACCUACAUAUCCUACUUCUGAAAUCUUAGGAUUUAAAAAUAAAUCAUGUUUGAUGUAUGACUGAUCACUCAGGAAGCUGAAUAUCUAUACGUAUAUUUUUACAUUAAAAAUUACAGUGUUGAGCUGGAGGCAUGGCUCAAGUGGUAGAGCGCUUGCCUCGCAAGCACAAGGCCCUGAGUUCAACCCCCACUACUACCAGAAAAAAGGAAAAAAUUACAGUGUUAAUGUAAAUUCCCUUAUUAGGAAAAAAUACCAAUGCAUAGUCAUAAAAUGAUAAAAUGUUUUACUGAAAGUACUCUUUUUGGGAAGAAAGAUUAAUGAAGCUUUUAUGUGCUACUGCUUAUCACUCAAAGUAGAAAUUUUAACAUUUUCAAAAGUACCCAGGAUGUGUUCAGGACACAUCUUAUAGAAAUUGUACAAUUUGUUUUUUGUGCGUGUGAACAUCAAAAAAUUUAAUAUUUUCUGAUUUAAAAAAUUUUAAAUCUUGUUUAACAAAAGGUUUUUUAUAUCAACAUACUGUUUCCCUUUUAUGGCAGAAUUCUUUAUAAAAAUUCAGUUCUUGAAAAAUUUGGAUUCUUUUUAAUGUUAACCACAGCAUUUGUACCAGUUGUUUUUUAAUAUAUUAAAACAUAAAAAGGAGGGAUGUGUUCUUUUUUUGGCAUUACUAACUGUAGAGAUAAUUGCAUUCAGUAAGUUAGCAAUGUACUUUUUAUUCAGUCUUUAACUUGGAGCAUCCUGAAAUACCUAUUUUGUAGAUAAUGGAACCUGAUGUUUUAGAAUUAGAUUUUCAGUAGCCUCUAGAUUAUAGUUUGGAGCACUUUGAAGUAGUUACUGUCCCUGGUCUCCAAGAGUUCAUGUGUGCUCAGAUUUUCUGUUUCUAAAUGUAUUCAGUUUUGUGUCUUGGUAAAUGGAGCUAUAAAACUACUUCGCAUAGGGUGAAAAUUUAAAAAAAAGAUUAAUAGGAUUUGUUUUCAGUGAGCAUGUUAUUUUCAGGUAUCAUCUUCAUGAAAACUUGAUAGAUUUGUAUAGAUUAACAGACAUUAAUGCUGCUUUAUUGUAAUUUAUCUGUGGUUCAGAUCAUUUCAUAUUGUUUCACAGGACUGGGGAUGUAGCUCAAUGACAGAGUACUUGCCUAGCAUGCACAGUGCCCUAGUUUCCAUUGUUCCAGAGCUCAUUGUGUUAUUUUUUAAAUUACUUUUUUGUUCAUUUUGAGUAAUUUCUAUUGCUAUGUG